AUAAAGUUGCAGCAGUAAUUACAGGUAUUUAGAUAUAUUGUGCAACUACUUGUAUAUUGGCAGUUCACUGCAUUGAAAGUUAACUUAAAGGAAUAUUGGUUAAAUUAGUGGACGCAUUAUAUUUGUUUGAGAAAAACAAUGGAAGGUCGAACGGAGGAAUCGACUCCCAGUGCGGAAGCUCAAGCGAGUGCCGACAAUAUUUUUAAAAAAGGAAAGACUUUUAACGACCCUAUUCAUGGGCAAGUGGAGCUACAUCCUGUGUGUAUCCGUAUUAUAGACACGCCUCAGUUCCAGCGAUUGAGACACAUCAAACAACUAGACACCUGUUACCUGGUGUACCCAGGUGCCAGUCAUAACAGGUUCGAGCACUCUAUAGGGGUAUGCUAUCUAGCAGGAAAAUUAUUAAAAACAAUUCGAGACAGACAACCGGAAGAGAAAAUAUCUGAUAAAGACAUUCUGUGUGUCGAGAUAGCUGGACUCUGUCACGAUUUAGGUCAAGGACCCUUUUCUCACGUUUUUGAAAAAAGAUUUAUGCCAAAAAUGAAAAAGAAGUUUACGCAUGAAAAUAUUGCUCGGAAGAUGUUUGAGUACAUGCUAAGUAGCGAAAACGGAAAGUUGAAAAAGGAUAUACAAGAGCUUUGUCCUUUCAUAGAAGACGACUUUACCUUUAUCUGUGAAAUGAUUGAUGAUCCAAAAGACAUUGAAAAACACGAAUGGCCAUACACAGGUAGAAAGGAAGACAAAAGUUACAUGUAUGAGAUUGUUGCAAAUAAAAGAAACGGUAUCGACGUUGACAAAUGGGACUACAUUGCACGUGAUAGUUACAUGCUGGGAAUGAAAGUCAAUGUCGAUUACAACAGGUGUUUUAAAAGUGCAAGAGUUAUCAAAUGUAACGGGCUUAAUGGCAGGCAAGAUGCAAACGCCGGCUUAAAUACCGGUAAUAGUCAAGUGAAACGGAAUCAAAUAUGCUACAUGAGAUAA